AUGCUCCGAGUGGGCAUUCGUGCAUUGGGAACACCACCCGUGUUUGAGCUUUGGAUACCGGGUGCCAAAUCUGGAGGAGCUCGGAUCGAAUACCGGAAGGUCUGUAUGCCGGAUUCAAUGGGACCCGGUUCUCUUAGCGUGAAACGCUCUCUCGAACUUAGGGGCGACUCCGCACCUCGAAUGGGUUGA